AUGGUUUAAAUCACAAUGAUUAGCGUAUUAUUUUUAAUGACAGAUUCCUUUUGUUUAUGGAAAACUUAAUUUACAGAAUAAACUUUUUCAAUGCCUUCUAAUUGGUAGAUUACAGGAGCAUAUAGUGGAAAUAGAGUUUCGAAUUGCUAAGGUUAAAAUAUUGUAGGGGGAUUUAAUAUAGUUGGAAGUGGAAGUGUAAUACGUGGAACCUAUUCAAACAUUCCCCGACAUAGUGCAAUCAAAGUGAGAUUAAAAGUUUAUUAUAUUGAUUCAUGGGAUACUGAAGAUGCAUCAAUUAGUGCUGGGGGAUUCGUUACAUCAAGAACUUGGUAUUUAGAUUGGGGACCAUCUAAUGUUUGUGGAGCAGGAUAUAAAGAUGGUGUUAUAUGGGAGACUCUAUAAGGAGCUCAUACUGCAGAAACAUUAACUAUUACUCUUAAUCCACAUGGAUUGGAUGAAUCUGCAGAUAAUGGUUAUAUUUAAUAUUAAUAUUUAGAAUCUUUAGGUCUUAAGAAUGUUGAAAUAUAUUUGAAGCCUAUUUAAUGCAUAUAAUUUUUUACAGAAUGUGAUUAUACUGGAACAAUGAAAGAAUUUUGUGAAGAUUCUCCUAAUUAAGAUAGAAGAAAUAUUCCUUAAAAGAUUAAAUCUAUUAAAAUGCAUGGUUGUGGAAAAGUGACGCUAACAAAAAAAGGUUUAGGCUCAAUAACUAUAACUGAAAAUGUUUCUUGCUUAACUGAAUUUGAUGUAAUUUUGUAAAUAUAUAAUUUAAGUUUCCUCCUGUUGAGAAUUUAAAUAGGUGA